GACGGUUCGAUGAUUUUUUAUAUAUUUUAUUUUAGCUUCUUACCAACUGUACGAAUUUUCGUAAAUAAAAUAUGGGAAUCAACUCGGAAUUCGAUUCAUUUGAGCAACAGUUUUUGCAAAUUAUAGCAGAAUCCAGAUCUACUUCUGAUUCCGAGAGGCGUCUUCGUGAUGAGCUGCGAUCCGAGGCUACUAGGGCGGAGUCAUCAGAAGUGGCGCGCUGUGCGGCGGACCGCGCUGCGGCCGAGGCCCGAAGAGCAGCCGCUGCAGCCGCCGCCGGCGCCACACAGGCCGCUGCUAGCCUGACCAUAGCCCAAGAAGAAAUCACCAACCUUAAGAUGCAGUUGGAAAUUACAGAACGCCAACGCGAUCUCCUAGAAGAGCGUUGUGUGGAUCUUUCUGGACAAGUGACAUCGCUAGAGAAAGAACUGCAAGAGUUGAGGCCACUGCAGCUCACUUGCACGACCCUCCAGCGGCAGUAUGCAGAGAUGCAAGAUCGAGUGCGAAUUGCCAGUGAAGAUACUCGCAGGGAAGUGACUAGAUUAGAAAACGAGCUUCGCAGAGUGGAACGUUGUGCAGCGGCCGGGUCGGAGCUGCGCGAGCGCGCGCGACUCGCAGCCGCCGCGCAUGUGCGCGAGCGUCGGCUGGCCACGGCCGAGCUGCAGUAUACGUCUCGUGAACUUCUUACCGCUAACGCGGAAAUAACGCGGCUCAAUGCUCUAGUAGCGGAAUUACAAAUACAAUUAGAGAACCGUGAAAGUGGUGUAAUUUGUUCAAGAUCUAAGGAUCACGACGCAGAGGCUCUGGGCGAAGUCCGCGCCGCUUUGGAGGCCGAGCGAGCCGGAGCGGCGCGUCUGGAGCAAGCGUUGGCGGCAGCCGUGGCGGACAACUCUGCGCUCGCAGCACGACUCCACGCUGCCGACAACACGCCCACCUCUUCACAACCAGCCAAACAUGCAGAUUCCUUGGCUACUGAUGUCUGCCCAAUCAAUUCUUUUCUUGCUGAAUAAUUUUUUGGUUCAAUAAACGUAAUU